AUGUAUCUUGGUCGAUCGUACAAAAAUGCCUGGCGAUUUAAGCGGCUAUUUUGGCUCUCUGGUCGCCUUAUCGGGUUAAAAGCGAUCGUCAGAAACCCCGAAAUUCUUCUUUUGGAUAAACCUUGCAUUUAUGUUGCCAAUCACCAAAGUAUCAUUGAUGUUUUCAGUCUAUCCGACGUUUGGCCGGAACAUUGUACAAUUGUUUCUAAGUCGUCCAUUAAAUUUGCCGGACCUGUGGGUUUCAUCACGUGGUUCGCCAAGCUUAUAUUUAUCGACAGAUCCAAGCACAAGGAUGCUGUUUCUGCCAUGAAGAAGGCCGCAGAAGAAGCGUCUCGAGAUAAGGUCUCCGUCUAUGUAUUUCCCGAGGGUACGCGUUCUGACAAGGAUACGUUGCUUCCUUUCAAAAAAGGCGCUUUCCAUUUGGCAAUCGAUUGUCAGUUUCCAAUCCAGCCAGUGGUAAUCUCAUCCUACAAAAGAUUCCUGGAUCACGAAAACAAGAGGUUUGACUCUGCUACGUAUUACGUCCAAGUCUUGCCCCAGAUCAGUACCACUGGUAUGACAAGCGAGGAUGUGGAUACUUUGUUGAAAAAGACACGGGACAGCAUGGUAUGCUGUUACGAGGAAUUAAACAAACUUCCUCCGCCGGCCUGA